CGAAAAUGCAAAUGCAGUCACGAUUGUAGACUACGUUAAACGUUAUCUGUUUGUGUGGGGGUGGGGUGGGCGACCUACGGCUAUUUUCCCCUACAUCGGUUUGUUUAACGUGCCCCAACCGGAGAUUGAAUAAAUUAUCAUACAGUGCUCGCCCUCUAUAGUCCUUUUCGUUUAGCUGUAACGAGGUGGAUACAAUUCUCUAUUCACAGUGACACACGGCGGUUACGGUUCCCUUCCCAAAGAGAAUUCGUCACGGCGCCCCGUCCGUUAAGCGAACUGCUGUUUUUAAGUGCCCUACAUAGUCAUGUGAUUGUAACGUAACCCGACCGGAAAACACCGACGACCAUCGCUACCAAUGCUUCUUGAGAGGAACAGAGCAGCUGCAAGCCCAACGGACAAGUCCUCCGGUAACAAACAACAACACGACUAACUCCACGGAUUCAAGGCAAGCAGAGUAGAAAGGUUGAAGAAUGGAGUUGGCCAACCAUGGUCUUAUCCUCCUGCAGCAGCUCAACGCUCAGAGGGAGUUUGGCUUCCUGUGUGACUGUACCAUCGCCAUCGGAGACGUCUUCUUCAAAGCCCACAAGGCCGUGCUGGCCGCCUUCUCAAACUACUUCAGAAUGCUCUUCAUACACCAGGACAGUGACUGUGUCCGCCUGAAGGCUGCCGACAUCCAGCCAGACAUCUUCAGCUACCUCCUCAACCUGAUGUACACAGGGAAGCUGGCCCCUCAGCUCAUCGACCCAGCCAGGCUGGAGCAGGGGGUCAAGUUCCUCCACGCCUACCCCCUCCUCCAGGAGGCCAGCCUGGCCAGCCAGACAUCCUUCUCCCACCCAGAGCCCAGCCUGCCCCUCUCUACUUCCCUCUUUGGCAUCCAGAUCUCCGACAAGCAGGUUGCGCUGUCCGGCAGGCUGCCCAUCCGGCGCCAGCUCUCCUCGCCUUUUGACCUGGACAGCCUCCCUGACAGGAAGUAUCCGUCCACGUCUGCUGUAACAGCGGCAUUCACCAACCAUGCGUCCAAGCUGGACUCUUCGUUUCAGGAAAUGGUGGAGGCUUCGACCAGCGGUCAACGGGCCUCGUAUGAGGAGCAUGGAGGGAACACCCCGACAGGAGAGGCGCCCUCCUUGGGUAGCUCCAACACCAUUCUCCAUGUGAAGCCGAGCAUCAUGAAGAGGAAUGCCUCCUUCAGGAAGCACUACUCCUGCCACCUGUGUGGCAGCCGCUUCAACCAGAGGAGCCUGUUGAGGGAGCACCUCCUGCAGCACAGCCUGGCCCGGCUCCCUCUGGUGGCCAAGCCCAGCGGUGCACACUCACCUGUCCUCCCAGGAGGAGGAGCAGCCACCACACCAGAGGUAGAGGAAGUACUGCUAAGGGGAGUUGGAGAACGGUCCGCUGCCAUGACAGUUGAGAUGCUUAGUGACAGCGAGCAAGCACCGCCCUCUGGUUUCAGCAUGGACUCUCCCAGAGCAGAGUUGUCGGGGUGGGCGACCGGGUGUCAGUCCCAGGCCGACACCCCACCUCCAUCGGACAUUGCGGAUAUCGACAACUUGGAGAGUGCUGACCUGGACCGCGAGGUGAAGCGCAGGAAGUACGAGUGCGCCACCUGCGGACGCAAGUUCAUCCAGAAGAGCCACUGGCGAGAGCACAUGUACAUCCACACGGGAAAGCCCUACAAGUGCAGCGCCUGCGGCAAGAGCUUCUGUCGUGCCAACCAGGCGGCUCGCCACGUGUGCCUGACCCAGGGUGCCGACGCCUACACCAUGGUGGACCGGCAGAGCAUGGAGCUGUGUGCCGCAGGGGACGACACCAGCCAGAUGGAGGCGCUGUUCCUAGGCUCGGCCAGGCCCUACAAGUGUAAUGUUUGUGAGACCACCUUCUCCAGCCCCAACGAGGUCAUCAAGCACCUGUGCUUCAGCCAAGGGGCUCUAGCUGGCCUGCAGGGGCAGUCAGGGGUGCGGCUGCUGCAGGGGGAGGAGUUUCCCAAAGACGAGGGCUCUGAUUCGUCCGGCGCCGCCACCCUCAUUACGGCCAUAAAAACUGAGCAGAUCUUGGUGGAGUAGGUCCACAGCACCAGAACCAGUCUUAUAUUUUUAUUCUCUUAUAUACAGUAUGUUUAUUAUUUCCUUUGGUAAAUGAUGGUCAGUAGUUAAGCUAAAGAUUUAGUUAGAGGUAUAUAAGGAGGGGUUUUAUAUCUACUGAAAAUGCUUCCUCAGGUUUAUUUAACAGCAAAGCCAGAGACUUGGACUUGUUUCAGUAGAAACUGUCUAUUAAGUGUCCAUGUGAAAACCACACACUGUACUAAGUCUUCUUUCCAACAUGACGUUGCAUUUGUCCGCCCAUUUGUUCUCCUAUGCAUAUGUCACUGACCAAUUGGCAAAAUAGUAUGUUGCUAUAUGUUUCUCAAAAUAUGUGCUACAGUUGAGUUCGUGGUGUAAUUAUGACUAGGGCUUUGUCGUAUUCUCAGUCUCUUUCUGGUGCUUCAUUUACAUAGGUCUGUCACAUUGGUUUCUGUUACUUAAUUUAAAGUGGCCGUUGGCUGUGGUCGAGCCUCUCACUCAGCUUUUAGCUCCAGACAGGAACAGGAAGUUGAGAGAGAGUUCCGGAGGAAGUGAUGUUUCUCUACAAUCAAAUGGUGCAGGAGAUACCAGGGGAAGCAACAGGCAGGCAGGUGUAGACCGAAUGGUGGUCUCAACACAUCUGCUGUAAAAUAAAACGUAUCUCCUUUUCCAAAGUGUUAUCUCCUGCAGUAUACUGAUGAAAUAAGUAUAUGCCCAGUCCAGAAUCAACCUCAUUCCAUGGCCUAUUAGGUCCAGUCCAGUAGGCUGUGUCUUCCUUUGGCAGUUUUCAGUAACCUUGUAAGCAGAACAUGUACCAUGACAUUUCAUAAUUCCGUGGUAUAAAUUCCCUUCUGUACAUUGUUUUGAACAGCCAUUUUGUUACUUUUUGUGCAACGUGUGCCAACUGUGGGUAUGAAAAGAAGCACAAUUGCCAUAGACGAAACAGGGCAAUCUAGGCCCAAAUUAAGGAUUGUGUUGGUUACUCCAACAGAGGCCUCAAAGCAGAAGCAAGCACUGUAGCUUUAUAGGUGAUGUUUACAGUCGUGCCAUUUUUAUAAACCUUUGUUUAUUUUAAAUAGCUACUAUCUGUGCAUUUUAAACACAUUUAUGUUAUCAUAUUUUGAUGCCUACAUGUAUUGAAGGGAGUUUUCAAUUCUGUACAAUAUUGUACACCUUGCCAAUUGAUGAUCAUUUGCUUGAAUUUGUUCUUAAAGACCUUAUUUUGUGUUGGAUAUACCUUUCUAAUUUUAUAUACAAUGCUAUAUUUACAAAUCAUAUUUUUUAUUGCAAAGUUUGUAUAUUACUAAUUGGUUUCCAAUCUAGAAAACAAUUGAUUUAGUAUAGUGAAGGUGUAUGUAUGUAUAUUUGUUGUCAAUCUCUUUCCAUUCAAGGCCUUGGUGUUACUGACUUCUAGUAUGAUAUUUAUCUUAAUCUGCUGCGGCUUCAUUUGCAGUUACUCUUUCCCUCUGUUUGUACAGUACGGUUUGGUGGCAGGGAGGGUCAGGCUCAGUUCCAUUUUGACCCCUAGCCCAGUCUCCUCUAGCUUCGUUCUAUCCUUUUGGAUCUCAUAGACUAGCUGAAAGAAAAAUGUCCAUCCAUAUAGUAAAUAUGGCUUUAUGGUUUAUGCCUAUCCUAUCUAGACUCUAUCCAGGGUGGGGCCAACUGGGACUGGGGUUCCAUACUACUUUCGCACAAAUGGAGUCUUCAUGCUGAGCAAAUUAGACAUAGUUCAGUCACAUUUCCAUUGGCUUAAAGACACAAUAUAAAAGUGAGUGUUACAUGGGGGAAGGACUCCUAUUUAUCUCGUGACUCACGCUGUGUUAUAGUAUAUUCAGGCAUUGUGAAGUGAAUACUACUGAAGUGUACUUCUCAGAGGUCAACAUAUAGCACGUUUCUCCUCAUCAGUUAGUCUCUGGAUUCUCCCUGCUGAGCUCAAAUUGUACAAUGUUCAACCACAUUGGUCGUAGGUGUAAACUAACAGCUUAACGUCUUUCCCUGUGUCAAUUAUAAAAUGUGUAUUUAUGCAAGCGGUUGGUCUUUUCUGUGUUGGGAUAUUUUUGGAAACAAGUUUCAGGGGUAAUGGGGAAGCUGGGCGAGGGGAAGUCCCCGACCUGUGAUCCUGGAGCGUUCACACUGCUGCCCUCCCAAAGCUCAGUUGAACAUGUACUGUGAUAUCUCUGUGUUCUCAGGAACGUGAGUUAGUCUUCUGUGUAAAUAAUAAAGAAAACUAUUUUACAUUUUCACAGUGAAGAAUGAACAAUUAAAGAGAUGUUUUGCAGAAUUAUGGCAUGGUUAAUUAUUUCUUAUUCAGCUGUGUUCAUCCCAAGAAUACAUGCAUGUUUGAUUUCAGAUGUUUUACUCAUCUUUUGACUUUGGUUAAAUAAACUCUAGACAUCGCUACAGAGGGUUUCCCAGUCUUUCAUCAACCCCAUCCAAAUGAACACGUGGUUGUUGAUUAAAUCGUGGAUUGGUGUUGGGCUAAUGUCAAUGUAUGGGAAUUAGUUGAUCCUGAAGAUGUUACAAGAUGUCUCCACUUCAUAAAAGGGUUUUGGCUCCUCUCCCUCCUUAUAGGACAGUGGCGUUGUUGUAUUACUCUGUAGGGUGGGGAAGACUUGGGUCUGUAAUGUCAUUUCUGCAUUCAAUUCAAAUUCAGAGUUUUACUCCAGACUUUUCUAGUUAAUAACUCACAACAGACUCUAAAACAUUCAUGAUUUACAGAGCUGUUCACCGUUUUAACUGGCUUGUUCCAUGACAACUUGGCCCAGGCAAGUUAUACUAGAUAGAGCAGUGGGACGGAAGUGUAAAGGCCCAAUGCAGUUUAGUGUUUGAAAAGACCACUUGAAAUUACAACCAGUUUUUGGGGGAUGGAGUUUUGGUCACCAGGCAGUAAAUUAGUUAAUAGACCGAUAACAAAGAGAGUUCCAAACCUCUCUGCCAAUAAUAGCAAGUUUUCAGAUUUCCCCUCCCCACUCAGACCACUCCCAGACAGUCCAAGAUAGAUUCUGUUUGAGAAAUUGCUAUUUGACCAUUUUAAUUUAAAACAAUCACAGUAAGGUACUUAAUUGUUAGC